CUCACCUGCCUGCCUGCCACCUUCCACUCAACCUCCCGUCCGCCAAAACCCAUGCGCCAGCUCCUGAUCGACCUGGCUCCAACGUGACCUCGCGUCAGCACACCGAGCGGGCGGCCUCCUCCUCCGCCUCGACCAGCAGGCAACGAGACCCUCACGGCGCAGAUCACACACCACAUACCCCGCGAGCCACGAUGUCGUCCCCACCGUGGACCCCGUCCGCCUCAUCGCCCGCGCAGCAGCCAACACAGGGCGCAACGGCAGCAGCUUCGGGCACGGGAGCAGCAGCAAGCCCAGCAGGCAUCCCACCAACACCGACACCACCACCACCACCACCACCACCACCACCACCACCAGCAGCAGCCGACCCACCACAACAAGAAGACGCCCCCGCCGACGACGACGACGGCGCCCCCUCGCCCGACCUCCCCCUGACGAUGACGGCCUCGCUGGUCCUGACGCAGCUGCCGCGCGACGCGGCCGCGGCGCUGGCGGAGGCCGAGCGGGCGGCGCUGUUCGCCCCCGGGCAGAAGGUGAUCGUGCGGUUCAAGCCCGUGGGCGGGUCGGCGCCCCCCUUGCCCGCGCGCCGCGAGCGCAGCACCAUCUCGGCGACGAGCAGGUUCGAGGCGGUGGUCGCGUACCUGCGGCGGACGCUGCGGGUGGCCGAGACGGACAGUGUUUUCCUCUAUGUCAAUUCUACGUUUGCGCCUGCGCUGGAUGAGGUUGUUGGGAAUCUCUGGAGGUGCUUCAAAGACUCGAACGACCAGCUUAAUGUCGGGUACUCGAUGACGCCGGCGUUUGGAUGAAUGCGGAGAUCGAUCGAACACGGCGUGGCGAGAUACCGGACAUAUGCUUGGGAUGUUAUGGAAAGAGAGCACGUUGCUCCAAAUGAGUCGGGCCGAUGAGCUGGCUACAUUAUUAGGCCACGACCGCCGGCCAAAAGUCUAUCGAACAACCAAACGCCAUGCAUCCAACCGACAUGUUAUCGCGACAAGCCUCAAAAUGCCUUCUCAAAAGCCUCCAGUUCCUCCUUAGAUAUAGGGUAUGUGUGCUCCGGCGCUGGGUAUGCCCUGGUCUUGACCUCAUCCCGGUAGGCCUCGAUCGCCCUUAGGCUCUCAGACCACACAUCGCCAUACUUCUUGACGAACUUGGGCAGGAACCUGCCGGGCGGGAAGUUGCCCAGCAUGUCUAUCUGCACGAGCACCUGGCCGGAGCACGCGUUCCCGGCGCCGAUGCCGAUGGUCGGGAUGGACAGCUUGGACGUGAUGAUGCCGGCGACCUCGGCCGGGACGGCCUCCACGACCGUCGCGAAUGCGCCCGCCUCCUGCACGGCCAGGGCGUCCUCGAGCACCUUGGCCGCGCCGGCCGCCGUCUUGCCCUGCACCCUGAACCCGCCGAGCGCGUUCUGGCGCUGCGGCGUCAGGCCCACGUGCGCCAGCACGGGGAUCCCGGCGGAGGUUAUGCGCCUGAUGGUGGGCGCCAUCUCGCUGCCGCCCUCGAGCUUGACGCCCUGCACCCGGCCGGUCUUGAUGAAGCGGAUGGCGGUCUCGAGGGCCUGUUCUGGGGAUACCUCGUACGAGCCCAUGGGCAGGUCACCAACCUUUGUUCAUGUUAGCGAGGGGCGGUGGUUGAGAGUUCAAUGAGUAAGGGGGGAUACAGAGGGGGCGGGAUGUUGAGAUUGGAUGAUCGAGCAUGUCAUGAAGAGGGGAGGACGAGCCGCAAAGAGAAUGGGAGGACAACAAAGAAUAGAAAGAAUAAGACUAACAGUAAAGGCAGCCUUGGUGGCCCUCGCGACAGACCGGCAGUGCAGCAGCAUCUCCUCGACCAUGACCUCGGCCGUGUCCUCCAUGCCCAGGGCGACCAUGGCCAGGCUGUCGCCGACGAGCACGACGUCGACCCCGGCGGCGUCGGCGACGUGCGCGGAGGGGAAGUCGUGCGCCGUGAUGACGGCGAUGGGCUCGCCGCGCCGGUGCAUCGCGCGCAGCGUGCCGAGGGUGACCUUCUUGCGCUGGCUGCCGGGCCCGCCCGCCGCGCCGAGCGGCGAGUGCGAGCUGUACCUCCUGCUCUGGUGUUGUUGUUGUUGCCGGGGUGGUGGUGAUGGCCUCUGGUGGUGGUGGUGGUGCAGGGGUGAUGGCGGUGGUGGCAGGGGUCUGUUGCCUAGCGCGGCUGCAAGGGAGGGUACUACUACCCUCCCCGAUGCUGCGCACGUGCGCAGGGCUGUGGUGGGGAGGUGGUGCAUUGCGGGUGGUGGGCGGUGACGGCGGCGAUGUGGGUGAUGUGUGAGGAGUGCGGGUGGGUGGAUGGGCUGCACUGAUGGCGUCCCGAAGGGGGAUGGGAUGGAGUAUUGGCGAUGCUGGCCGGGCGGGUGAAAGAAUUCAAGGCUAGGUCAUAAGAUGGAAUGAAUUAUGGGGGGAUCGAUGAAUUGAGCGCCAGAUUUUUUUUUUGGUCUGUCGUUUGGUGGAUCGAUCAAUCAAUUUCCCGUCACUCGCGGCGAAGAGAAGAGGACCAAGUUCCCUGGACCGGCGGCCCACUGGCGCGGGCGAGGGCUGCGAGUUGUUUUAUUGAGGCCGGUCAUGAUGAUUACUGCCGUGUAUUUUCAAGCCCGGCCCGCGGCGGUGUGGUGGAUGUUUUCAGAACCGUCCGUAAUCGUAUGGCCCCCGAGCCGA